AAAUGAAAGAUUUUCUCACCACCCAAUAUGAAAUUGCGGAAAGGUUAGAAGAAAAAAUAAUCAAAACUAAUAACGACCAAAAUGGAAGCUUAAAUAGACCCCAAGCUAGAAGCAAAAACAAAUCAAAUCGAAUUUUUAACAAAAUACAAUCGUUCACAUCGGAACAAAGAAAACAUAUGUCAUGCGAACUAUGCACAAGAGGGCAUAAGCUUAAAACUUGCGAGAAGUUUAAAAAAUUAAACAUUAACGAAAGGAACAACUUUGUCAGAUCAAAAAGACUCUGUACAAACUGCUUGUCCCAUACACACAAUCUUAAAAGUUGCAAAAGCAAAUUUAAUUGCUUACAUUGUCACAAAAGACAUCACACAAUGCUUCAUUACAGCACAUAUCCCCUAUCACACCAAAAAAGGGCGCAUAUUAAAAAAACCAUGGGUUUAAUUGCAAAAGCAAAUCCCGAAACCCAAAACUGUAAAAAUUGCCAAGAGACACCCUGUUGCUCAAAGGCACAAAAAGCUCAAACGCUACACAGCGAAACACAAAGUGGACUAGUUACAAAAUUAGUUACCACCAUACCAACUCAAGUUGAGAAAAAAUCAAAUCAAUACCUUAAUUCACAAUUAAGGAAAUUUCAAGAGAUAGGGAAACUUCCACGAAUAUUAAAUAAAACUCUAGAAAAUCAGUAUUGUAAGAGCUACUCGAAAGCCGCAACUACUCGAUCAAAUAAUGGCCGGUACGUCGUACAGCUACCACUAGAGCCACAAUUUUCCAAUACUCCACAAAUUGGUAUAAAAAACAAAGUCAGAGUUACCUCUGACAGUCCAUAUAUUAAAAGCACAUACAGCUUUUGGCCCCGCAGGAUGGCUUUCGCCAAUAAUGGGAAAAAUACAAUGCUGAACAAAUCCUAGAGCGGUGGCGGGCUACUAAACGCCAAAUCAGUGCAUACAUAAUAACAUAAAAGAUAACACAGUUCUAUCAAAAAGUCGAAAAAGCGACAUUUUUCAUAAAUUCUCAAAUAGAAUAAAUAAAAAACUAACAAAAGCAGAGAUCGCUCUUAUCGUCUCUACAUAAGCGCUCCACAUAAGGGUUGUGGGUGGGAAUCUGCUGAAUAACUUGAACAUCCCACCAAAAAAAAUAUAAUUCUAAAUGAAGCCGUUCACAAUUACCGGCCACUCUCUCGCAAGACCCCUCUAAUUCCACAGCUCAAACAUCAAAGCUAAGGAGCACGCACUCUGGCCAUAUCUGAGUCAGACGUGGCGUCGCUAUAUUUCAUAAUAAGGAAAAUUCAAAUAAAAACUUUAAAUAAACCACAAAUAAUAAAUCAAUCAAAGAAACAACCGCAAAUAUAAUCACUAGUAAUU